GAAGUGCCUUCCCUCCUCCCGGGUCCGCGCGGACGCGGUUUCCUUACCUCAUUUGUCCUCGCCCCUCCCCAUCCCUCUACGCGCUUUGGUUCCUGGUUGGUGCUUCCUGGUCGCAGCCGCGGCAGGAAGCCGGUCAGUCAGUUAAACGCGGAGGUCCUGCCUCACUGAGGGAGCCCGGCCUUUGGGGGACCGAAUAGCCCAACUCCAGUCUCUGCUGUCAGAAGCAACAGCUACAACUGUGGGCAUCAAAAUUACUGACUUUCCAUGAUGUUUGGUGGUUAUGAGACUAUAGAAGCAUACGAAGAUGACCUUUAUCGUGAAGAGUCCUCUAGUGAACUGAGUGUUGAUAGUGAGGUGGAAUUUCAGCUCUACAGCCAAGUUCAUUAUGCCCAAGAUCUUGAUAAUGUCAUUAAAGAGGAAGAACAUGAAGAGAAGAACUCUGGGAAUUCUGAAUCAUCCAUUAGUAAACCAAAUCAGAAGAACUUAAUUAUCCUUUCGGAUAGUGAGGUCAUCCAGCUAUCAGAUGGGUCAGAGGUCAUCACUUUGUCUGAUGAAGAUAGUAUUUACAGAUGCAAAAGAAAGAAUUUUAGAGUCCAAGCAAAAGAAAAAACACAAGGUCCUCCUGCAUGUUUUCAUUCUAAUAAGUUGACUGAUAAGAAAUGCAAGAAGAAUAUCGAGAAGCCUAAAUCUGAAGAGCUAUCGGGUACAAUCCGAGAGGUCAUGAUUAUAGAGGUCAGUUCAAGUGAAGAGGAAGAGAGCACCAUUUCAGAAAGUGAUAACGUGGAGAACUGGAUGCUGCUGGGAUGUGAAGUUGAUGAUAAAGAUGAUGAUAUCCUUCUCAAUCUUGUGGGAUGUGAAAACUCUGUAAAUGAAGGAGAAGAUGGUGUAAAUUGGUUCAUCAGUGACAAAGAUGCUGAGGCCCAGAUAGUUAACAAUAGAUCAUCUGGAAGAUGGACCCACCGAUACUAUUCAGCCAACAAAAAUGUUACCUGUAGAAAUUGUGACAAAUGUGGCCAUUUAUCAAAAAACUGCCCCUUUCCACAAAAAGUCCGCCCCUGCUGCCUCUGCUCAGAGAGAGGACACCUCCAGUAUGCCUGCCCAGCCCGCUUUUGCUUAGGCUGUUCUUUGCCUAUGCCUUCCACUCACAGAUGUCUUGAAAGACCUUCCUGGAGAAAACGAUGUGACCGAUGUGAUAUGAUAGGCCACUAUGCUGAUGCUUGCCCAGAAAUCUGGAGGCAGUAUCACCUAACGACCAAACCUGGACCACCCAAAAAGCCGAAGACCCCUUCUGGACAAUCGGCCUUAGUGUAUUGCUACAACUGUGGGCAAGAAGGCCAUUAUGGACACGAAUGUACAGAAAGACGAAUGUUUAACCAGACCUUUCCAACAUCUCCAUUCAUCUACUACUAUGAUGACAAAUACGAAAUUCGGGAGAGAGAACAGAGAAUAAAACGAAAGGUGAAAGAACUCCAGAAAAAUGGGGAUUUUCCAAGGCAGUUCAAGAGACCUCACAUGGAAGCAGCAGAGAAGAGGCCCCCCCAUGGCAGGAGGAAGAGCCAUGCCUCGUGGAGAAACAGCAGGUGGCCUCAAGAAAAGAAAGAAACCCAAAAAGAAGCGAGCAGGAGCCGCAAAGAGCGUGAGAAACACAGGAAGGCUGACAGGGCUCAUGAAGUGGAGGAGGACUUCCCCAGGGGCCCAAAACUCCAUUCUCCUGGCACCUUCAAGACCCAGAAGGGUCCCAAGUCCUUCCACCACUCAUCACAUUACCACAAGCCAAGAGAAGACAAGCUGCCCAGAGACGGCAAGCGGGGCAAACAGAAGAAAAAGGAGAGCUAUUUGGAGGGCGAUGGCAAUGAUAAUUUAUUUCUCAUUAAGCAGAGGAAAAAAAAGUCCAAGCUGUGAGGCAGCUUCUGAUUUGGCUUUCCAGUGUUUGUCUGGUCUUCAUGCCUGUGACAUCAUGGCAAUCUGUUUAUGAUCUAUGAUUAAAUCAAAUGAAUUUUGUUUUGUUCUUUUUGUAAUCUCGGCCGUACCUGAAACCGAUGCACAAUGACCAUGGAGACCUCCAUUCUCUGUGUCCAACAGGUUAUUAGGUAUAGAAGGAAAAAAAAAAAAAAGGACAUGUACUCGUAUUUCCCCCGUUCCCGUACGUCAUUUUUACUCAGAAUCCUAGGGAUAAGAAGUAAUCUUUUCAAGAAAAAUUUUUAAAAAUACUUUUUUUGAAAAAGUAAAAGCUCAUCAAAUAUAAUUUGUAUGCUGUGGGAGUAUGAAAAUUAAAUCCUUGCAGGAAGAGAAAUCAAUGCUAAUAUGAAAAAUUCAUGUUUUUCAGCAUUACUUUUUUUUUAACAUUGGAAAGGGGUAAUAGCUAUAAAUCUAAAUCCAGCUGUCCUUGCUCUUGAAGCUGGUGGCAUAAUCUUCUGAUGGUCAGAGCAUCAGAGGCGGAAAGAUGACGGUGCCAUCACUGAAGCCCUGAAGAGGCAGAGACACUGGCCGAUAGCAAAAUACAAGUAAGGAACCCAUCCAGUAAAUGUCAUAAGAUAGAUUUCCUGAAACAAGUGAAAAAGAAUCAUUAAAAGGUUUAACGUAAUCACAGUGCAAUAGUUUUCACCGUUUCUACAGCCACACUUCAAGAAGACUGUCAACUUGGAUGUAUAGAGACAGAUACUGCCCAGUUAAAAAAUUAUUCUGUUUUCACGGGUUUUUUAACUACCACAAGACUAUACAGAAAUUUUUGUACCUGUGAAUUUUUGUACUUACCAAAGCCUAAUGUUAGAAUAAGAAAAAUAAAAUGUCUGAAAUAGAGUAAA